AUGGGUAACAUUUGCAAAUGUUUCAAGCGGAAGCAAAAUGAUCACAAGAAACACAAGAAUUUGCACAAUUCGUUCAGAGUAAGUACUUCUAUUCUUUUCGUUUUGGUUUUAGGAGAAAAGCGUAAUAGAACAUAUGUAGUUGGCAAGAUACUAGUGCUCGUUUGGUUUUAAUAAAACUUGCUUCUUUUAGGGCCAGAACCACCAAACGCUUCCGGGAGGCCGUGAGGUAUCGGUGAAUAAAAUACCCCAUAUAAUUGAUCGAGAACUACCCGACGAUGACGAAUUUGAUCCUUCAACGCAUCCCACUGCCCCGCCAACUUUUAUCGAACGAAGUCAAAGUGGCAUUAACAGUAAGUUGUCGGCAUUCCAAAGACUAUGAGACUGAAUUUUGGAGUAAUAACCAUUUUAUUUGCAGUAAAGACAAACAGGUAUUCGAGCUACUUUCUUGACCAAAUUAACGAACGACGAACGGGUUUGAAGCGCUGGAACUCGUGCUCGACCAUUUACUUGGACGAUUCGACGAUAUCUCAGCCUCAUCUGAAGAACACGGUGUUAUGCAUGUCUUUCGCAGUUUAUUAUCACAUUUUAAAUAGAGGGCAUCGCGGCCAUGAAAGGUUGAUGGAAAUCUUCGAAGAGAGGUUGCACCCAAUAGCUGUGGUAAGUUUAGCAUCCAUUUUGAUAUUCUGUGUUUAGAGAGACUCACUACUGUCGGAGAAUCCGAAUGAAGAUCCUACACAAAAGUCAAUCUACAAGUUCGUUCGCCUUCUUUUCCAAGCUGCCCAGUUAACCGCCGAGUGUGCCAUUAUUACAUUGGUUUACAUUGAGCGCCUUCUAAACUACGCCGAGAUCGAUCUCUGCCCGUCCAAUUGGCGCCGAAUUGUGUUAGGAGCUAUAAUGCUGGCGUCCAAGGUCUGGGACGACCAGGCCGUGUGGAACGUGGACUUCUGCCAAAUCCUCCACAACGCGAAUAUCGACGACAUGAAUGAACUGGAAAGACAGUUCCUGGAAUGUCUCGAGUUCAACAUCAACGUCCAAUGCUCAGUUUACGCGAAGUAUUACUAUGAUCUGAGGAGUCUUGCCAUCGCCAAUGACAUUCCUUUACCCACAAAGCCAUUGAGUAAAGAGAGGGCCUCGAAAUUGGAGGUACGCUUUGUUUCCAUUUUAGUCUGCUGUCUAGGAGGAUAAAAGAGCAAUCACACUGUAAUUUACGUUAUUUUAGGCCACCUCUCAAGCCUACGAAGAAAAGAAACUCAACGAGAAAACGACGAAACUUAAACGCAGCUUCUCCAUGGAACGCCAUGUGGGCAACUCUAAGGUCGUCAUUUCCUAAAAAUUUCAUUUAAAUCUCGACAAAACGGAGUCUUUUACCUCUUCUUUUAGCCCAUCGAAUUAAUUUAUUCAAAUUUCUUUGACUAGUCACUUUAAUUUUGUAAAUUUUUUAAUUUUUUUUAGAAAUUUUGCCUUACCCAAAACAUUAAUGGUAUGUCUUUUCACAGCAAAUCACCGUCUUUGCUCAUCUAA